UUAGCCGAUAGCGUCUGUUAGCCGUUAGCAUUGGUUGUACAACACAAGGACAGAGGAUCGUUGGCUUCUUUGAACAUUUCACGUUAUAUUUAACAUUUCUUUUCACUACUGGAAGUUGUUUUAAGAGUCAUUCAGUUGUUUUCUUUUCCUGGAACCUGAAGAUGCCGCCCAAACCUCUGGAGCCUCUGGCCAAGAAACUGAUGAAGGGGGUGAUCGUCCUGGAGCUGCUGGGCGUCUUCGGGGCGUACGGCCUCUUUCAGAGGAUGAACAACAGUCAAGACUUCAGGAACACCAUGAACAGGAGGUUUCCAUCCAUUCUAGAAGUUUACUACCAGUCCAACGAGUGGGCGGGGGUCUACGGCGUCCGAGAGAGAGACCACGAGGCCUGGUCGGCCAAACGGGACUGAAGGAAUCCGGCAGAGAAAAAGUCCACGUGAACAAAAACUUCUACUUCUUCCUCUUCUUGUUCCCGGGCGUCCUGCUUCCUGUCCUGGCUCGGCCGAACAUCGUCUUCCUCUUGCUGAACGCGCUCUUCUUCCUGCGCAGCGUCUUGACGUCGCGGCCCUGGAUCCAGUCGUCGCGCUGAGCCUCCCACUUCAGCUGCUUCAGACCUGCAGGGAUCAGCAAGAAGCGUUAUCACUGACUCUGGAUCUAUCAAUCUGUAUUAGUUAUGGAUCGGUAUGAUUGAUCACGUCUCCUGUUCAUACCGGCCCCGGAUCCUUUUCUAACACGACUAGAAUGUGAGUGAAGUUAAUGAGGCUUCAGCCGUCUGAAUUAACGAGGAUGAUUUUACCAAAGUUACAGGUUUAGUGACACUUUAAGUCCCCAAAUGUAACAUUUAUAAACUGCAGCUGAAACUAAUGAUCUAUUAAUUGAGUAGUUGAACAUCAGAAAAACAAUCGGCCACUAUUUUGUUCAUAAUUUGUCAUUUUUCAAGCAAAAAUACUGAAAAAAUGCGAAAUAUUUACUUCUCAAAAGAAGAUUUGCUGCUUUUCUGCAUCAUAAUUAUAAACAAAAAAUUUUUGAUCUUGAACUUAAUGAUUCAUUAAUUGGAAAAAUAUUCAUAAGUUACAGCCCAAAUAUAAACACUUAAUAAAUGGUUGAUAACACUCUAAAUGUAGAUGUAAGCAGAGUUUAUGAAGUGUUUAUAUCAAAGGACUUGAUUUAGGAGGAUUUCUUCACGGUCAGUGUGGACGUACACGUGGAACGAUGAGUUAAUCAAUAAUCUAUAAAAACUGAACACUGGUCAUUGAAUUGAAACUAUGAAUAUAGAUGUUAAUUUCAGCCACAUCAUCAUCAUCUGAGUGUAAAUCUAUUUGUAUAUUGACUCAGUGAUUUUCUCUGUGGAGAAGUUAUUAAACAGCUGGUAUCCAGCAAACUGAACAGA